AAUCAUUAGAACUAAAGUUAGUCAAGGUUACAUACAUAUUUUUUGCACACUAUAUAUUUGAACUCUUCAAAUUUACAGAUUUUGGGCAUUUUAAUGCUUUUUGCUAUGUCUGGGACAUUUUUUGGAGAGACUCGGAUACUUUUGGACAUUUCGACGAUUUUAAACACUAUAACUUGCGUGUUCAGACCAAAAUCUACAUCCUGGUAUUAUUGCCUCUGAUAUUGAAUAAGUCUUUUAAUGUGAUGCAUGUUUCACAGCUGUUCCAUCGCCUUCUUGAGGAGAAUCCAAGUGCUGCAGAGAAAGUGAUUGCAGUUCAUGGUGAUGUCAGUCAACCUAAUUUAGGAAUGAGUGAUAAAGAUUAUGCCAAAGUUACUGAAGAAGUUACGAUUGUCUUUCAUAUUGCAGCAGUUGUAAGUUUCACAAAACCUCUAAGGUACAUGGCAAAUCAAAAUUCCGUUAGUGUGAAACAUGUGAUAGAAUUUGCGCGGAAAUUGAAGAAAUUAGAGGCUUUGGUAUGCACUUCAACUGCCUUUUCAAAUUCAAAUCAACAUGAAAAAAUAGAAGAAACUAUUUAUCGCUUGCCUUGGACUGGAGAAAGAUUUUUAAAAGCACUGGAGUAAGUAAAUUUGUCCCAUGU